ACUCUUCAAGUCUCAGUUUUCAGAUCAUUUGGUGCUAGUUGCACCUAUAAAAAUGGAGCAAAAUAAGUUCUGCAAGGAUAUUGAACUCUAGUUCAAGUAGUUACAUAAAAUGGACAACCAGCAUCAUUGUAUCGUAACCAAGUGAACUUUUUGCAUUCGCUGGUUGAUUGUGUAUCUAAUGACGAGAAAAACUCGAUUCGCAUUCCGAAAUGAGAAAUAAAUCAAUAUGAAUAAUGUAGUCAAGUUGAAAAUAUCGUAGAAAAAGAAAGUUUGAAAUUGACUUACUAGCAACCAAAAAUUGAGAUUCAUCGUAAUGAAAAUGAAAAGAGAUAAACAAUUAUCAGAUCAAUUUGUGCAUAUCGAAUAAUUUUACUGAACCUACUAGAGAAAUGCUGACUGUUAGUUUGUGAUAAUAAAAAAAUGGAAAGUUCCAAAUGUGUUAGAGGCUUUGUUGUUACUGCAUCGUCCAGCAUACCAAGUGCUAUAAGAUUGUUUUUAUGCUUUUUAUUUCUGUUGAACUCGGAAUCAUUGGGAUUGAAAUGUGUGUGUAAUCCCAACGAGUGCGAAACCAUAAGGUCAGAAGAUUGUCCAGGAAGAGGAAUGAUCGUAUGGGAUCCUUGUAGGUGCUGCCGAGUCUGUGCGCGUACCUUUGGAGAAGCGUGUGGUGGACCUGGAGAUUUUUCUGGAACCUGUGAACCACCUCUUAGCUGUGUGUCGAAAAUUCCAGUAGGAGGUUCAGGAAUAUGCCUAGAAAUACCAGAGUAUAUCGAUGCGGGUACACAUCUGUUUCAAAAUUGUUCUGAAACUAUUACUAUAGAAUCAGGAUGUGAGAUAGUCAAUCGAAAGUGUAAGUGUUGGGAUGAAAUGCAACUAUGUAAAACUAAGUCGAUCACAAAAUGGGAUUUUAAAAACUUAGAGGAAUGUCAACUUAACGCAGCAAACCUUAUGAAAUCUGAAUUAGACUUUGACGACGAUUACACAAUGUCUCCUAAACUUUUUAUUGAAAAAAAUGCAUGCAGAGGCGUAGCAUGUCCAUCGCCGGAACCAUGUCCAGUAGACAGUUACCCAAAGGCAGUAAACAGUCAUUUUACGGGCUUCUAUCCUGAUGUUUUGAAAGGUGCUGGAAAUGCAGUCCGCAAUGAGCGUGCUAUCGAAUACAACGGAUUACACCGUGGAUCCACAAACGUUAGUUCAAACACUGAGGAUCGAACUAGACAUAGACGUAGUGUUAUUGAAGAUGAAUUGCUAAUCCAGUAUUGUUGUCCUCGCUACGAAUGUGCCUGCAAACCAAACUACUGCGACCAGAAAUGUUCUCCUAAACAAACACCGUUGAAUUUAACUAGUCCCACCGAUUACAAGGACAUACAGUACGGAGUUCCUGGUAAUUGCUGUUUUCCCUGCAAGGAAAAUUACUGUCUUCAUCCCACUUUCCGAAGACAUGGUGCAACAUGGCACAGUGACGAUUGCACCACCUGUGUGUGUCUGUAUGGUGAAGUAAAAUGUCAGCAAUCAUCUUGUAAGGCACCAAAUUGUGUCGCAUAUAAGCUUAUACCGGGUGAAUGCUGUCCUGUUUGUGAUAGCGACGCUUCGAAUUUUUGUAAACAUGUGGGGAAUUGUGACAUUCAUUGUAAAUAUGGAUAUGCCCGACAAGGAGACUGCGAUCUCUGUGAAUGUAUUCGGAUAUCCAAACAUCAUCCAAUAGUCGAAACAGAUAUCAGCAAAACUGAACGAAAUUUUUCAAUUUCAAAUCAUAACAUUAGCAAAGACAAUACUAUUGAAAAACCACAUCAGCAACAUACUCAUAAAUCAAACAGCAACCCAUUUAGUACAAUCCAGUUCUGGAUCCUGGUGCUGACUAAUCUCGUAGCUGUUCUAGUAUUGAUACUUCUUAUAGUAUGGUGUUGUCAUUUUCGUAAAAGCGCCAAGUAUAGUACAGUUCAAGUAGCGUGAGCUUUAUAUAAAGUCAUCAUACAUAUAAUUGAACAAAUUAUAACGUGGUGUUAUAAGGCACUGAAAUAAUUAUUAUCUUUAUUAUUAUCAUGAUAUGAUAUGUUCUGCUUCCCUAAGAUUGUUGUCAAUAAUUAUAUUGUUAAUGAUAAAAAGAAACAUAUUUUCGAAAUUCUUAAACCUGGAGUCUGAAUAGCACGAAAAAGUCAAGGAAAAUGUCUUCCGAACAUGAUGAAGAAAAAUGUGGGUCUGUAAUAAAAAGUAAUAACUAUUACUGAGUAGCAACUAUUGUUAUAAUACAUCAAUGAUUACUAUCAAUCAAAAUAAGUUUUGAAUAUUGUGAUAAAUUGUAUAUAAAAGACAUAAACAUGCAAUCAAUAAGUUUUUAAAAUGAAAACUGUUUACCAUACUGUUAUCGUUGGCAUAGAUGCUGGUAUAUUUGCGAUAGUUAUUUACAUAUGUCUUAAGUUAUGUGUACUAGAUAAAAAAAAGUUCAUUUUGUUAAAGUCAGACUGUUUUACAUAAAAAUAAAGUAUAUUUAGUUAAAAGUAUUUUGUUAAACAAUUGAACAAAGCACAACUGAUAAUAUAAAAACAAAAUUAUCACGAUUGUAAUAAAAAACGAAAAUCGAUGUUUGUAAUCAAUUACCGCCGAUAGUUUUAGAUUUUUUAGUCGUACUUUAUUUAAAUAAUGAAAAGUAUUAUUUAUUAUUGUUUUGUUAACUUUGUAAAAACCGUUGAGAUUGCUAAAUGCAAAACAAAGAAACAUGAAUAUUACCAUAAUUGUUGAAAAUCAAAUGCAGAAAUCAAUAAUUCUGAAUGAAUGAUUUUAAAAUCCCAAGAAUAAAAAAUAACGAAAGCAAAGCAAUCCCACUGAAAUCAAAAUAAAAUUUAAAUUUUAUGAAUACUGAUAGCAGUUGCUUUUGUUGUACAUUGUCUGCAAACUAUGGCUUUUCCUAUUGAUCCAAAUUAUUAUAUUCCAAUGUAUUAAGCAGUCUAAUGUAUCGUGUCUACUAUCUGAUUGUUCAGCAAUAAAUGUCUGCUAUUGCGAUUGAAUGUUUCAACAAUUAAUUUGAUUACAAAAAUGACUAACUAUAGACAUAUCAACCUUCUCACGCCUCGCUUGACACAUAUAAAUCAAAGGAUAUUAAAUAUUUUGAGUUGUAACAAAUAAGAAAUGAACUAUAUUCAUGUGAACAAUGAUCAAGUAAAAUAAAUCUAUUCUUCUCAAUAAAACCAAUACUAUUUCCGGGCAAAUAAUAAUUAUUUUCAAAAAAUACGGCAUUGCAUUCAAUUGUAACAAGGAUUUGUAAUAAUGUCUCAUAAAGCAUAAAGCAAAGCAAAAUAUUAAAAAAAGCUGCUACAAAAGAGUCGAAUGUUUAUCAUGUUUUAUGCGACAAAAUUAAUAACUACGCAAAAUAUAUGUGCAUGCAGUAAAAUCAACUAGCGACAUCGUAAUACAACAUAGACUGUAAAUAAAUAAAUAAAUAAAUAAAAAACAAUGGG